AUGUGGAAACAGUUCAGCUUACAAGGAAGAUAUGAGUGGAUUCCAAUAGUGGAGAGUCUCGUUCAUUCCUAUAAUGACACCAAACAUCGCACCAUCUGGAUGAAACCUAAAGAUGUCACUGCUGCUCAUGAGAAGUACUUGUUACGUCAUGUCUAUGGAAAACUCAAAAUUCCUCGCACAAAGAAAAUCAAGUUCAAGACGACGGAGAUAUUCACCAUAAGUGAAGUUGUAAAUACCAAUCCUGUGACCUACAAGCUCAUCGACUAUGAGGACCAACCAAUUGAGGGUAGAUUCUACCAGGAGGAGUUAACGAAGGUCACAUAUUCUGACGUUUACCUCGUGGAGAAAAUACUCCGAAGACGUGGAAACAAAGUCUGUCAAGUGGUUGGAUUUUCAUAA